AUGGUGCGAAUAGUUGACGACGUUUCGACCGAAAUGCCCGAUUUAGAGCACGCCAUCAGGCUUACCGGUUACGGCAUAUUCCACUACGAGAUCCUGGCGGUAUGCGCGUUGUCCGUACUAUGCCUAGGAUUCCAAAACGGUCUAUCCUCGUACGUAUUCCCGGCUGCCCAAUGCGAACUGGACCUGACUUCGUUCGAGAUCGGGAUUCUGAACGUCGCGUUCCUUGUCGGAGGAGUGACUAGCUGCUUCCUAUGGGGCGGCCUCGCGGACAACGUUGGUCGAAAGCGAGUCUUGGUCGUCAGUCAUUUGGCCAACGCCGUCGUCACGAUCUUCUGCGCCGUCCUACCCGGCACCCUGACGCUGAUUGCGGGCAGAUGUUUGAACGGAUUUUUUGCCGGCGCGCCUGGCAGCAUAAUUUUCUCCUACGCGGCUGAAUUUCAACCCACCAAGUACCAGUCGGUUGUCGUAUGCUGCUGCGGCAUCGUCUUCACGAUCUCGUGGCUCCUGCUUCCGUUCCUCGCGUACGUCAUCCUACCUCUGCCCAUACAAUUGACCACAACGACAGUGUUCGUCCUGCUGCCCUGGCGGCUGUUCCUGCUGACCCUCGGCUUCCCCGAACUAAUGACGGGGCUGUGGUUCCUGAGAAUGCCCGAGAGCCCCAGGUUCUACAUGGCCAAGAAAAUGCCCAAGGAAUGCCUAGAGGUACUGAGGCUCAUGUACUCCCGCAACAAGGACAAACGUCCAGAGGACUAUCCGGUGAAUCGUCUUCAUACUCAUUCCGUGGAAGACGAAACCAAGAUGGCGCAACAGAUCGCGAGUCUGGUCAAAGCGCCACUGCUUAAACUGUCUUGCUUGAGCUGUGCGAUCAUGUUCGCGAACAUGUUCGGGACGUUUGGACUGGGUCUCUGGUUGCCAGAAUUCUUUGUGCGUUUCCGUCAAUUCGAGCUACACCACCCCGACAGGCCCGCCUCAAUUUUGGAGUUGUCGAGUCACGUGGAUAAGAACGUUACGUGUCAGCCAACCUUCGACGCGUCCGUCACAGUCAGCACCGUCGUCAUAGCGGUCAGCGCUAUAAUAUACAACGCCGUCGCGGGCGCGAUCGCGACAAAGGUCAGCGCCAAGGUCAUCCCGCUCGUGUCCAUGGUGGUGGGCGGAGUCAGUUCCGCGACCAUCUACUUUUUGACGAGCUCCGUUCAAAAUUUGGUAGUCGCCAGCGUGUUCCAAGCAAGCAUGCUGACCGCCAACAUGACCAUAGGGAAUAUGGUGAUCGAGCAGUUUCCGACUAAGGUCACCGGAAUGGCGAUGUGCGCGAUUAUGUUUUUCGGCAGGACGGGGGCUAUUGUCAGCAAUUUUUUGUUCGGUUACUUCAUAGACGACCGCUGCGAAAUUCCCAUUUGCGUGGUGGCGGUCUUGGUGCUUUCGGGGGCAUUAUUGUGUUGGGCGGUGCCGACGAAGAAGGCGUCUGGCAAUAAGGUCACGCACGAGAUGGACACAAGGACAGGGACUCAAUGUGUACCGAGCUGACCGAAGGAGUUGAUA